UGCCAUUUGUAUCCAUUCUCUUACUGCCAUGCUACAGAUGCGGAUCAUCUCUGUUCCACUACUUUCAGCGGCGGUUCUGCUGCAACCGCUGCUGGCAGCUCCGAUAUUUUGGUUUCUGCCGUGGAGUUUCCCUGCACUGUCUCCAACCACCACUACCUUGGCGACCACUUCCGGGACGGCGGCAUCGAGUGGCGCUUCCAAUUCUUCGAACGUGUCGGUCGCAAUCGGAAACCGCGUCAACACGUCGACCGGUCUCGAUGACUACGGCACGAACAUAACGAACGUGCAGAUAAACGUCAACCGUAUGCGAAGAGCUGUCACCGACGCGGAUUUGGCCAAGCUUGAACGAAAACUGCGUCAAACGGCUGAUGAAGGGUCGACCAAUGGAACGGUCAUAACCAUUGGCGAGCAUACGAUUCGGCUGCCGCACAACAUAUCCAACCUCACCGUCAAUACGUACCUCAUCAACGGAAUUCCUGAGAAUUAUAUGAUGCUGGCGGACACUGGUAGCGCGACCAUAAAUGCCAACGAAACGUACACUCCGCUGCUAUCCGCUAUUAGACUUUUUAAGAACUUUUUCUCUUCCCUCUUCAGUAAACAAGGCUCACAAACUUAGCGUUCGGUGACGUUCGCUGUGAAAGUCACCAUGAAACUAAAAGUGUACUCCCUGAGUUUUGUUCGUAAAGUUUAAUGCAAUUCACACAGCGCACCUUUUAGCAACUAGUACUAACUGUUAGCAUACAUUAUAAUUCAAAGAAAACGAAAAAAAUGCGGUAGCGACACUUGCCACACCGCUGUGUUCCAACUUUAGUUCUGAUCUAUUUCCAAUUCUCGCAUACGGUCGUACGGCACACGCGCAAAGCUGAUACAAAACAAGCGCAACAGCAAUAAAGUAGAAGCACACUUAAAAGCCGGCUCACAGCAGAGUACAACGGUUUGGUGGAAAUGCAGUGUGGAGUGCGAUGUGUGCAAGAUGUUGUUUGCAAACAUCAACCCCAAAAGGGGAGGAGAAAUACAAACGUGUUGACGUACACAGCCGCGCGUCGUUGCAGAAACAGCGAAAGCAUUAGAAGAUCGCACGAUCAGAUGCGUUGCUAUUUUUAAGUGACACGUUGCUUCUUGCGAAAAUAAGGAAGCGAAAUUGCUUACUUGAACGAUCGCAAGGGUUUCGUACCAACAAAAAGAGAACGUGAAGUGGAUGUGGGUACAUGCCAGUCUAUACAAUACGUUAAACGAAAUCGACUCUGUUUUCUGACAGGAUUUUGCACUGCUCAACAAUUUUUACAUUGCAAGCCAUUAAAAAUGGAAAAACCAG